AAUCAUGUCCACAACCACAAAUCUUCCCUAUCAUCUUGCUCCCAAAGACUUCCCAACAGAAAACAAAUUCACAUCCCAACUUUCCCAGAAAACAAUCUUAGAUCUGUUGAACACCAAAAGCAGCACUUCACUUCAUCAUCUCAAGCAAGUCCAUGCUGUGGCAUUAAGGACAGGCCAUUUUCAAGAUCACUAUGUAUCUGGUACCUUAGUGAAAUGUUAUGCAAAUCCUCAUUUUGGCAACUUGAAUUUUGCCUUAAAGGUCUUUGAGUAUGUCCCAAACCCUAAUGUUUUUGUGUUUAACAUUAUCAUCAAAGGUUGUUUGCAGACCAAUGAGCCAUGUAAGGCCAUAUGGUGUUAUUACAAGAUGAUGGUUGCACAUGCAAGGCCUAAUAAGUUUACUUAUCCGACAUUGUUUAAGGCCUGCACGGCUGCAGAAGCAGCUGAAGAAGGGGUGCAGGUGCAUGCUCAUGUGAUCAAACGAGGACUUAGUGGAGAUGUGCAUAUAAGAAGUGCUGGGAUCCAGAUGUAUGGAAGUUUUGGUGAAGUAGAGGGGGCAAGGAGAAUGCUAGAUGAGGAUGGGAACUCAGAUGUUAUUUGCUUUAACGCAAUGAUUGAUGGUUACUUGAAGUGUGGAGAGGUGGAAGCAGCUAAGGAAUUGUUUUGGAGCAUGGAGGAUAAGAAUGUUGGCUCUUGGAAUGUGAUGGUCAGUGGUAUGGCAAAAUGUGGCAUGAUUGAAGAAGCAAGAGAGUUGUUUAAUGAGAUGAAAGAAAAGAAUGAGAUUUCUUGGAGUGCUAUGAUUGAUGGUUAUAUCAAAGGAGGGUAUUACAAGGAAGCUUUGGAGGUUUUUAAUGUGAUGCAAAGAGAGGAAAUUAGGCCUAGGAAAUUUGUUUUGUCUAGUGUGCUAGCUGCUUGUGCAAACUUGGGGGCUCUUGAUCAAGGAAGAUGGAUUCAUGCUUAUGUGAAUAAUAAUUCAAACUCCUCUGAUGCUGUUUUGGGUACUGCUUUGGUGGAUAUGUAUGCGAAAUGCGGGAGGCUUGAUAUGGCAUGGGAUGUUUUUGAGAAGAUGGAAAAGAAAGAGGUUUUCACUUGGAAUGCUAUGAUUUGUGGGCUAGGUAUGCAUGGUAGAGCAGAGGAUGCCAUUGAGCUUUUCUUUAAGAUGCAAGAACAGAAGUUUAGGCCAAAUGGGAUAACUCUUUUGGGUGUCCUAAGUGCUUGUGCUCAUUCAGGAAUGGUAGAUGAGGGCUUAAGGAUUUUGUAUUCCAUGGAGGAAGUGUAUGGUAUAGAGCCUGGGAUGGAGCAUUAUGGGUGUGUAGUUGAUCUCCUAGGAAGAGCAGGGCUAUUAGGAGAGGCAGAGGAGAUUAUGUAUUCAAUGCCAAUGGAACCCAGUGCUGCUGUUUGGGGAGCACUUUUAGGGGCUUGUAGGAAACAUGGAGAUGUAGAAUUAGGUGAGAGAGCAGGGAAGAUUUUGCUAGAAUUGGAACCUCAAAAUAGUGGUAGAUAUGCUUUGUUAUCAAACAUCUAUGCAAGGGCUGGGAGAUGGGAUGAUGUAGCAAAUGUGAGGAAACUAAUGAAGGAAAGAGGAGUCAAGACCAGCACCGGAAUAAGCAUGAUUGACUUUGAUGGUGUUGUCCAUGAAUUCAAAAUGGGAGAUGGAUCGCAUCCGCAAAUGAAGAAUAUCUAUUUGAUGUUGAAAAAUAUGAUUAAGAGGCUAAAGAUGGAAGGUUAUUCACCAAAUACCUCUCAAGUUUUAUUUGAUAUUGAAGAGGAAGAGAAGGAAGCUGAACUGCAGUACCACAGUGAAAAACUUGCAAUUGCUUUCGGAUUGAUUAACACGAAACCAGGAACAACUAUCCAUGUAGUGAAGAAUUUAAGGAUGUGUGAGGACUGUCAUUCUGCCUUCAAGCUAAUCUCUCAAGUCUAUGAUCGGGAGAUAAUCGUGAGGGACCGCGCUCGCUACCAUCAUUUCAAGACUGGGACAUGUUCAUGCAAGGAUUUUUGGUGAGUUAUGAAAUGUCAGAAGCAUUCUUAGAGCAUCAAUGAGGAUAGGAAGCAUGUUCAGAACAGAAGUUGUGAUCCAAAGAGGGAAGUUAGCUGUCAUAGUUGUAAAUGGAGGUACCAGUUCCAUAAUCCCGAUCCAGGUUCAGAAAAGAUUACUAUUCUCAAGUUUUUUUAAUCAAGCCCACCAAAUUUUAACAUAUUGAGUCGCAUUCUUGGAAAUGAUGAUUGCAUUGAAGCACUCACAUUUUGAAAGAAAAGUAACUUACUACAACCAGAAUGUUUUCUUCUCAAUUUGUCAGCAAGUAUAGGAGAAUGAAUGUUACUGCUGCAAAAUUUAAAAUCUAGUAUACUGGUUAUAGUGCAGGAAUUUGCUUGCAGGAGGCCUAUUGAACCUACGGGUUUGACCAAGUGCUUAGAUGCAUUUUCAUU